GGUGACUAGUGAGUAGCACAUCCUUUCUCUCUCCCUCCUUCACAAACACUGUGACAUUGCAGUAUCUCUGUGUGCGUGUGUGGUAGUAUGUGAUGUGUGAUAUGUAUGUUUGUAUGUCCGUGUGUUCGGUUCAUAUCCAAUCGGUUCGUUGUAGAAAGUGCAAUGGAAACGAAAGCUUCAUAUCUGAAGUGUGAGCUCAACACACAACACUAUGGCAGCUGACGGCAGUUACUAGUAAGAACAUUAUGGGUUGGAGUGACCUUACACUCCUUCCCAUCUUGGCACCACUUGGUAACAGCUCAGUUUCCCAAAGCAGUAAUUCCUCCACAAACUUUACAUCUGCCUACAUUGAAUCUACACCAACACCACCACCACUAUUAACAAUGACUGCUCCUUUCUCAGUAACUGGUUGCACAUCAUGGAAACCAAUAAAUCAUAUUCUCUUCCAGUUGGCUAAUGCUGCUCUCUGUAUUGGUUUAAUGGCCCCUGAUGGGACUUAUGGUGUUCUAUUUCUACAUAGCACAUUUUUACUUGGUUUUCUUCUGUUGUCUGCCUGGUCUUGGGUAAUUCUUUGUGCACCGGACUUCUUUUCUUGGAAUUUUGCUUUUAUGAUAAUAAAUGGAGUCCAACUUCUUUUAAUAACCUACCGAAUCCGUCCGGUGAAGUUUUGUGAUGAACUUGAAGAAGUCUACAUCAGCGUUUUCCAACCACUGAGAGUUCCAAGAUCACUGUUCAAGAAACUAACACAUGCAGAUUACUGCACUCUAAUGACUCUGUACCAAGGCGAGUGUUAUGCAACACAGUCAAUCACAAAGACAGACAAGUUGGGUUUACUAAUAUCUGGAAUGCUCAGUGUAUACAGUAGCAGGAACUUCCUCCAUCAUAUCUGUCAAGGGCAGUUUAUUGACACUCCGGAAUUUGAGUCAAGUGUGUCUGGUGAAGAGAAGUACCAGGUGUCUAUAGUUGCUGAUACCACAUGUCGUUAUAUUUUCUGGUCACGACACAGUUUAGAAUAUUUAAUGAUCAAGGAACCAUACCUGGCUACUGUUCUUUGUCUCAUAUUUGGCCGUGACAUCACAAAUAAAUUAUAUGCCCUAAAUGAAAAGGUGCUGACCCCACAAGGUUCAAGAAUGGACAUACGUCUGCCAAGUAUUUCAUCGUCAAUCCAUUCUGGUCGAGAUAUCAGAAAGACCAUUGCUGGAAUCAACCAACCAGUUCAAGAAUCCAUUUCUGGUAUCCCUGGAACUACAAAUCUACAGAACGAAAAUGAUGAUGAAGACAUAGUGAGAAGAAGCAGGGCAGCUACCAACAAAACGGCAGACAGGAAGACGUGUUCCAAGAAAACGGUGAAAAGGUGGAGCUGCUAAAUGGCCAUGUUAAUAACUGUCGCAAGAAUAUGAACUUGGGACAUUGUUCCAUGAAGUCCUCUAGAACGAGUGAUGUCCGUUUUGAGUUGUAAAGUUGCUUUCACUCAAACUGCAUAUGUAUUCAAAAACGUGUGUAUGUAUGUAUCUAUGUAUAUAUGUAUGCAUAUGUGUAUGUAUGUAUGUAAGUAUAUAUGUAUGUAUAAUGCAUGUUUGUAUAUACAUAUGUACAUCUGUAUGUUUGCUUAUGCAUAUAUGUAUGUAUACAUGUGUGUACAUGCAUAUUUUAGAAAACCAUAAGUAUUUAAAUGUGCAUACAUCUGAGUGUAUGAAUGCAUGUGUAUGUUGUAAGUGUAUACACAUGCAUACAUACAGGCAUGCAGACAUACAUACAUACAGGCAUGAAGACAUACAUACAUUUAUACAUACAUACAUUUAUACAUACAUACAUUUAUACAUACAUACAUAAACAACAAGGUUACAGACUCACAAACUUUCACAUGUAAAUGCACACACACAGCUACACAAUGUUUACAAAAAUGUGUUAAUUAUAUAUUUUCUACUUAGAUAUUGUUGAGGUGAUAGAUUAAUGGAUAAUAAUGUUUUGUGGUGUUUGUUGAUAAAAUGUUAAAAAUGAUAAUGCUGUCAAUAAGUAGAGAAUCAUAUUAUUUGUAAAUGAAAUAUGAUGGCAUUGAUAAUGCUCUGUUAAAAUAAUACAAAAAUAAUAUGAUUUAAUCAUUAAAUAUAUAGAGAAAGAUGAUAAUGUCUUAUGAUAAAAUGUAUGGAGGAAUGAUGUUUCAAAAUGAAGAAAAAUAUUAUAAUGAUCAAUGCUCAAAUUUGUAGAGUGGUGAUUAUGUUCAUUGAUAAAAUUUAUUAACAUCACUGUCUUCUGAUAAAAUAUAUAUAGCAAAGUGAUAAUGGCCUUCAAUGAAAUAUUAAAAUGUUGACAGAAGAUACCACUUAAUUUGAGAACAGAGAAACAAUGUUUUUAAUAUCUAACUGAGAAAUAUAAAGAGGCAAUAAUUUUCAUGAUACAAUAUAGUGAAAUAACAAUAUAUUAUGGUCAAUAUGGGAUUGCAUUUCAUGAUUUAAUAUAGUGAGCUGAUAUUGUCCUAUAGUGAGAUGAUAUGAUGGAAAUGUUUAAGGAAGAGGUGUACAAUGGCUGAAAGUUUAAUAAUUUUGAUUUUUAAGAUAAGACCAAGAAAUGGAAGGUUCAGAAAACUAUGUCCAAAACAAAUAUAUUUCUAUUUGCCCUUCAAAAUUUAUGUGAAAAUAUUCAAGUUUUAUUGCUAAAAAAAGAUGUUUGUGAGAAAAAAAUAUUUGCAAAAUUACUGAAAAGAAUCUAAGAUUUUGUUUAAAGAAAAAAUAUAUUUUUCUGAGACCUGUAUAUUAAACUUGACAUCUUUAGCUAUACAACUUAAUGUAAUUUGUUCCCAAUCUAACUAAAGUGGGGUGAUUGUGGGAGGAAUAUCACAACAAAAUUGAUUUUCACAAUUGUCCACUCACUUUUUCACUCUUCUACUUUCAUUCUGAGAGAAUCAAAAGAUAUAUUUAAUGUUUUACUGUUGAGAAAAAAGGUUCAGCAAUUUUUUUUUUUUUUGCAUUGUAGUAUUUCAUUUCUUUAUUCACCUUGUUUUUGUUGUUGUUGAUAAUAAUGCUGCUGUUGUUGUUACUAUUCAUUUUGUUGAAACAUGGAAUAACACAGAAUAAAUACUAUUUCCAUCCCAGAAAACACUUAGGCGAAAUCUGAAACUGGCUUCUUGAAAAGGAUGAAUACAUGAUGCACUAAGAUGAAUAUUAUUAGUGCUGGACAAGUAAAAUGCUCUGCAAUAUUUCUUCCGGUCGCAAUGAGCUGGUAGAACCAUUAAUAUGCCAGGCAAAAUGCUUAGUGGCAUUUCAUCUGUCCUUGUGUUCUGAGUCCAAAUUCCACUGAAGUCAACUUUGCCUUUAAUCCUUUCAGGGUCACUGAAAUAAGUACCAGUUGAACACUGGGGUCAAUGUAAUCAACUUACCCACUCUCCUAAACUUGCUGGCCUUGUGCCAAAAUUUGAAAUCAAUAUUUCUACCCGUCUUUUAUGUUCUGAAUUCAAAUCCUACCAAGGAGUUGAUAAAAUAAACUAAAAGGGAAGAUAUUUUUCAUGUGUUUCUACAGAGUGGACAGUGUCCAGUUUAUUGUGCUUUAUGUCCAGUUCUUGUGUUAACAAUGUUUCUUUUUUUUUU